CGACCCAUUAGGCAAAAUUUCCCCGCAAUUAAGCAUAAAGUAAAACUUUUAGUGGUCAAAUAAGCCAGCCAGUUCUCCAAAAUGAAGUUGACGCUAUUUGUGAUCCUUACGAUAUUCGUAUUUUGUUACGGUGAAAAUUUCGUGUGUAGGGAGGGUGUUAGUUACCUCGCCAACGAUUGCAGCGAUUGCGUUUGUGCGCCUAACGGAAAUUUUGGUUGCACUUUGAAAGCUUGUGUCGUUCCAGGGGAAAAACAGAAAAAGUACGAUUGUAAGGAGGGAAGCACUUUCAUGAAGGAAUGUAAUAAAUGUUGGUGUGUCAAAAACGGCGGAUUGAUUUGCGAAAAUGAAGACUGUAAAUAAUUAAUUUGGUGUAUUGUAUCGGCUUACAAAUGCUGCAUGUAUUAAAUCUUGUCAUUAAAAUUUCUGCAUUCUUCGCCUCAAAUAUUUAAGCAAA